AUGAAGUCUCAACUCGCCUUCUUCAGCAUUCUCCUCGUCUCAGCCAGCGCCCAGCUGCGCCUCGGUGUCCCAGUGGGAUGUGCCGCUCCACCAUGCCCCUGCUUGAGCCCACCUUGCCCGCCUCCGCCUCCACCACCCCCACCACCACCGCCGCCGGUCAUGCAAUGCUGCCCGGUGUGCGAGAUGGCGCCGUGCCCGGUGUGUGAGCCUCCGCUCCCGCCGUGUCCUCCUCCCCCUCCCCCACCACCACCGCCACCACCACCAGCCCCGAUGCCGGUGCCGGUCCCCGUUCCGGUUCCGCAGUACUACCCGGUCUACUGCGCCGCCCCGCCAUGCGCUCCUCGCCCGAUCCCUGUGAUGUACCAACCCGUUUCGUACUGUUCCGCCCCUCCUUGCCCACCCCCGGCCCCGAUGCCCAUCUACCAGCCUGUGCAGCCGGCACCGAUGUACAGCCCUUGCGCGGCUCCCCCGUGCGGAGGAUACCCGGGAGCGUACCCCGGAAUCGGAGGCGGAGCCUACCCGACUUACCCUGGAAUUGGAGGAGGAGCCUAUCCCGGAAUCGGAGGAGGAGCGUAUCCUAGCUAUCCCUCGGCCUAUCCGGGCAUCGGUGGAGGUGCUUACCCCACGAUGGGAUACCCUGGAAUCGGAGGUGGUGCUCGUCCGGCCUACUCGCCCUCCUUCUUCUCCCGCGGAGCCUUCAUGUACGGUUCCAACAAGGGAAAAGCACGCACCGAGGCAUCGAAAACCUCUGAGGAAAAGCCCGCCAGCAACGAGGAGACUGAGGAGAAGCCAACUGAGGAGAAGCCAGCAAAC